CACUAGUUCUGGUAUUUCACGACUUGUGAACAACACGAAAGCACAGACUGCAACGAGCUUCGGAGAAUGACACAGAAAGCGCGUUUUUGGAAGAGCACAAGAACGACACCGCUGCUUUGGGAGUUUUUAAUAAGCCUUUUGCAAGAUGUGGAAUGCCGAGAGUUCAUAAAAUGGAUAGACGAAAAUGAAAUGACUUUCAAGAUUGUCGAUUCUUAUCAAGUCGCAACGCUGUGGGGUGACAUAAAAGGUAGACCUCAUAUGAACCAAAACAAGUUGCGAAGAGCCAUACGACAGUACUAUAAGUCUGGAGUAAUGAAAAAGGUAAAAGGACAGAAAGGUGGAUAUAAAUUUGAGAAACUACCAUACAAUCCAUUUUCUACGAAUGAACGCCAAAUAUUGCCAGAAAAUAAUACUGAUGACAAACAAGAACAUGAAAAUCACACAACAGAUGAAGUACAAAGCUCGUCUUGUGAACUAUCACAAAUCAUGGAGAAAACGUGACAGCAAAGAUCUCCACGCCAAAAUUCUUACUUCCAGAUCCCAUAUACACGACAGACAGUGUAUUUAAAGCAAUCUGCAGUGGAGAUAUAAGCAAGGACUUGUUAAGUAACCUAUGGUUGGAUACCAACACGAUUAACGUAGAAAAGGAUUUGAUAGAUGCAUUGAUCAAUGAUGUUCCAUUUUCAGUCCUGUUAUAGAUAUUUGAGGAUAUAUUGCAAUUUGAUUAUUUAAAGAAUAUCAUUGGGAUUCAAAAGAAUAUAACUUAUAAAAUCUGUAUGAGUUAUACCAUAAAUUUUACACUACAAGCAAUACGUAUUUUGUCAGCAAAAUCUAAUAUAGGUUCGUAUGGGCGAAAGGGAAACUGUGCACAAAAGAUUAUACUUGUGUCAGAAAUACAAAGACAGCCAUAUUCGAGAAAAUGAAUAAUGCACCAACACAAUCCAUCGUUAAUAAAGACACUAUUUGCAUGAAAUGUAUGCAAAAUACAAAUACACCCCAAGUUUUCAAAUAUCGUUCUCUGAA